AUGACGUGGCAAACUCUUGCCAUCCUGGUAACAUUGCUGGUCCUUACCGCGGGGGACGAUGUAGUGGAUAUGAUUGCGCCAAAAGUAGAACACGUAGUCAGAAAUGAAAGAAAGGAGCCCGGCGUGUGCAGCGAAGCAUGUUACAAAAUUGCAACUUGCAAUGAGGAAAUUGGCGGGAGAUGCGAUUGCCCCAAGCACCUGGCGGGGGUGGACUGCUCCCGCAACGCCUCCGCAAGCCGAAUGACGUUGUACGGACAGGCGGCGCACCUGGAAGCUAAAGCACCGAUGCCCUGCCUCAAUAACUGCACCCAGCGAGGCCAUUGCAUUCUGGGGGCCUGUGUGUGUGAUCGAGGAAACUUCUCUUCCGACUGCUCCAUGUCAUUGGACGCGGCGGGUAAACCCGUGCUGUUGGCGGGAUCCGGAUAUCAGCCCCGGGAGAGGCGACCGCGGAUAUAUGUGUACGACAUACCGCACAAAUUCUCGUCGUGGUACAACCCCACGCGUGUGGACCGGGAACUGUUUUGGGUUUUCUGGGAGAGGCUGUUGGGCAGUGGGGCGGUGGUGGCGGAUGGAGAGGAGGCGGACUGGUUCUGGCUCCCCGUAAAGCUGCGCUCUACGACAGACGGGUACCGCCUAUUGGAGGCAAUACAGUACGUACGGACUGAGUGGCCGUGGUACGACAGGCUCCAGGGGCACCGGCACUUUGUCAUACACACGGGCGACACGGGUCGAGGCGAGGUCGCGAGGGAAAUUCGUGACGCCACCGCCAACAUGACUUGGUUGCACCACUGGGGGCUCUGGGAGGACUGGAACGCCUCGGGAUGGAAGGCGGCGCACCGACCGGGCAAGAUAGGUCUGGCGCUGUUUGUGAGCAGAUGUGGUGAUUCCGGUUUACUUGGGAGCCCGACCCGGGAUGUCGGUGGUGUCGAUGGCUGGGCUGCACCCCCGGGCGCCGAGAUUGCCGAGGACGGGCACACUGCUGUUCGCGGUGCGGUCCACUACCACCACCACAACCGCACGGGGUAUAAGAUUGUGACGGGGGACAGCCGCUACCCACUGGACCUCCUGACAUACAAGUACGUGUGCGAUUGCGUGCUUGUAUCGGUGAUGGGCUGUCUCCCGCUCAUCAUCAGCGACUCGGUGAUGCAGCCCUUCGAGCCAGAAAUGGACUGGGACCGCAUCGGGCUGCGACUGGCCCAUGAGGACAUCCCCACGCUGCACGAGCGCCUGGCAGCGAUUAGUGACGAAGAGCUGGACCGCAGGAGGGCGGCGCUGCGUUGCGCCGUACAGCACUUGCUGUUCAGCAGCUUGGGUGGGGCGCUGAUGCAGGAGGACGGGAGGUGGGACGCGUUUGAGUUCAUUUUUGAGAUCCUCCGCAUGCAGCAAACCUACCCCGGUCUGGACCCUCGGCGAUACGCGGACACCGACCCACAGUACCGCCACUUCCUGCAUUGCGGCGACCCCGACGGCAUGGAGGCGUACGGCAGGAAGCUACAGGAGGCCCAUCUGGAACGGUACCCGACUGCCUCACUACCGCAGGUGGUUGGUUUCGGCGGCAUCGCCCUUGCUGCGGACGGCGCGUCCGCGGCGGCGGGGUCUCAGGAGGAGGUUGGCAGCCAGGCUGGAUUUAAGAUGACGAUGUCGCGUUUCGAUGGCUUGCUGGCGCAAUACGCCAUGAAGGUGGACCGCGUGACGCAGGCCGAGCCGUUGGUGUUGUGCAGCAGCACGUUAAAAUUUAUCAUUCAUAUAUCUCGUACAUUGCGGCGGUCGGCCAACUGGAUGAAAGGACAAACAGACAGACAGACGGACAAACGACGGUUUGGGCGACCCCUUGCCUGCACACGCACAACGCGCGUGCAAUUCCCGCUGCUCCUCUCGGAGAACGGUCCUCAUUCGCAAGAGCUAUUUUUCGGAUAGGGCUCGUGAAGCCCAUACACAAGUCAAGAUGGCACCAAGAGCCAAUACAUGCACACGAUGACAAUUAUUGCACCAUGCACGGGCACGCACCAUGUGCGCGCGAAUUGGCGGGGUAAGCGAAUGAGCAUCGGUCACGGCGAUGACUUCACUUCCGGCGCAGCCGCCACCCAAAUGCUGGCGUGCUGCGAACGCUGGUGUACGGGAUAUAAACAUAAAUCGAAAACGUCAAGUACCGUCUUGCGCUCAGCUGCGCUUAGGCUUCUCCGGCUUUGGUCCGGCAUACCGGCGAGGCUCUCCUCACCACGGCAUAGCGAAUACAGACAAGGUUUAGCUAAUUCAGCAUUGUCCUAUACAGAGGAAGGCACAAGGGCAGAGGACCCAAAACUCACGGGCUGUGGCCGCAUCCAUCUGUAAAGAGGCAAAAGACUCUGUUGCCAGCCCCAGAAGUAUUUUGCACUCUUUACCUGCACAGCUCCCAAACACAUCGCAGGUAGUAAGAUAGCCCCCGUGAGCCUGUGUCCCGGCUGCGGCACCAACGGUUAUGAACACAAGACCUCAGCACACCCUCCGUCCGUU